CCAAACGCAAAAACCUCCAGUCAGUUUAUUAGUUUAUUUACAUUUGAGAAUCUUGCAUUUGAUUUUGAUUAUUUUCCUUUUUCAGUUUUUACAUAUCAGUAUUUUCUUGUUUCCUGAUUUCAUUAUUCUAUCCAUGGAUUUCGCCUUCGAUUUUUUCUGAUAUGAGGAAAUCAAUUGAGUAUUUCAAAUUGCAGGCUACUUGCACCCUUUCUUCAAGUAACUAACUGCAGAUAAGAACAAUGGAAUUUCUGGAAAGUACAUUCAGAAACUUUGUAUUGGUAGGAAAUUGCAUUCAGCAAGGCAAUGCUGAUUUUCUAGCUUUGCUGGCUCCAAACCUUGCUCAUUAUUACUCGACAUUCGUCCGUAUCAAAGACUUUUUCAUUGAUGAUGAAAAUGUGAGUGAAAUUCUACUUUCUGUUUUAAAUCUCUUUCGCCAUCAGUUGUAUCGAUGUGAUAGUCUUCUAAUGCAAGCAACUUGCACUAGCCGUGUUGAGUCAAGAUUACCAGUUGUAAGAGAACAGCAUGUGGGUCAACCUCGUCUAGACAUUCCUGUGGACCAAGUUGUAACACUCCACCGUUGCGGCUUAACCUGGCCGAAAAUUGCCAAAGCUCUGAAUAUUUCUCGGCAGUCUCUAUGGAACUUUAGACGUCUGAACAAUGUACAUGAUGCUAGAGCUUACAGCAACAUUAGUGAUGAAGAGCUGUCCAAUAUGAUUUCCAGCAUCAAACAGGAACAUCCAUCAAUGGGUUAUAGAUACAUAUGGGCCAGUUUGAAAGCUCGGCAGAUUUUUGUCACAUGGGAGCGUCUCAUUUCUUCUGUCCGAUUGAUUGAUCCUAUCGGAAUACUCAAUCGACGCCGCAGAAGGCUAAGAAGAAGACAAUACCGGGUGAAAGGUGCAAACUACAUGUGUUUGGGGUUAAAAAUACAGGAUAGGGACCAUUAUGAAGAAUGGAAAGUACCAUUAUUUCGCCCAUGUCUUCAUAAAAACCAGAUUGUAUCCCUGCAAACCUAUAUCUCAAAGAUUUGUUGUAAGGGUCACCUUCCAAAAAGGUAGAUUCCUGCAUACCUUGAAAUGCUAUAGAAAACAUAUCUUUCAACGGUCCAUUUCCCAUACCGCGUUCGUUAUGAAACUUCACGUGUAGAGAUGAAGCAGGGCCGAUUCUUUUGAGGUCCGACCGCAGCUGAGCCAGAACUGAUUCUCCAGAACCACGCAGAAUAGUGAUCCUUGUUAUUUCCGAUGUCUUGAUUUUAGAGGUACAGGAACGGAUUACUUCUUCAAUUGACGGUUUCUUCAUUCCAGCAGAUGUGAUUGAUUUUACAUCAACAAGUUUAUGUGUGAUACCAAACUCAUCAGUAAAAUACCAGGUUCCAUCUGGAUCUGAAGGAGCCUUCAUAACUUUUGGUUGACAGUGACCAGAUUUAGAUGAGGAAGAGGCUCUUGGUAAAAAUAUAUCUGACUCUGAUGAAUCUGAACUAUCUUCAAGCUUCAGGGUUUUUUUGAAAUCUUGAUUUGAAUUUGACAGUCGAGAUUUCUUGGGCGAAAAUGAAUCAGAAUCAGAACUUUCAAGAUUUAUGACUUCUUUAGAAACUUUAUUUGAUGUUCUGGGCUUCUUAGUUAAAAUUACAUCCGAAUUAGAGGACUCAGAAUUUUCAGGAUCUGGGAUUUUCUUGGAUCCUUGAUUUGACGUUGUGCGGUUUUUACAAAGUAAGGUAUCAGAGUCUGAAUCUGAAGAGUUUAAAUCAUCUACUGACUUUUGAGAGAGAAUUCGAGCAUACAUUACUGUCUUGGUGUACAUAUUUUUGAAAACGAUUUCACCUGUAAGUUCUAAGCCCGGCUCAAGGUCUAUCUUGACUGAAUCUCCAUAUUCAUCCUGUAGUAUUUCCACUUCUUCAUCUUCCUUAAUAUGCUGUUUAAAGACUUUCUUAAUUUUGUCUUUGA